GCUUAUUUAUAUCUCCAACAGGUCUGAUGUCUUGCGAAGUCUGCAUUGCAGGAGGGGAGAUGUGCUGUGGGAAGAUGCAACCUUGCUUCCUGGGGGAAGACACUUGCGCAAGCAUUUUAGGGGAGACCACCCUGGGCGUAGUGGCAUUUGCAGGUGCCUUGAAGUCCUGCACUGGGCACAGAGCUUGCAAAGCUGGCAUCCGGACCAUGACCCUUGGGCCUGGGAUCAUGCUGCGAAGAAGCGCCAUGUGCUGUAAGAGAGAGAGCUGCCAGAAGCAACUGGCUAAAUUACCCCCAGUCAAUACGACAAGGAACGGCUUCACCUGCCCAGCUUGCUAUGCGAAAGAUUCACAUUCGUGUGAAGCUGAAGGGUCCAUGGAUUGUACUGGAACAGAGGACCAUUGCGUUCACAUUACAGGCAUUCUGGAGUCAGUAGAAGUUGCUGCAAAUGAAAGGUUUGCAGCCAGAGGUUGUGCUGUGCCCAGCGUCUGCGAGCAUAGCAAGGGGAUGGCUGUUUUUGCUGGUGUUUACACUUACACACUGUCCACAGUCAGGGAAUGCUACGCAGCCCCUUCUGCGAAGAAUGCUGCCUGUCUUCACCACCAACACUCCUGGCUGGGGACCCUUUUCCUCUGCACACUGCUGCUUCCAGUGUCCUCCUUCUGCGUUCCACCCAGUCUCUCAUCCUGGCUGAUAAAGUGCUUCACUUGAUCUCUCUCCUCUGC